GCCCGACCCAAGCGCGAUGAGUCACUACGCGGUCGCGGGCAUCCUGUACUUUCUGACGCACCCGAGUCUCUGGCUCACGACCUUCUGCCCGCUGCUCAUGACGAUCGUCAUUGCGCUCGCGUCCGUCAUCACGCUCUUCAGCGCUGGCCUCUACCCGCAGGCGUACGGCCUCGAGAAGGCGGGUCUGGCCGCGGGCUGGGCAUGGGUUCUCGCCAUCUUUCUCGUCGUGCUCGAGAUCUUCCUCGUCGUCCUCAUCUACUCGCAAACGUGCACGCCGUGCUUCAUGGACGCCAUCUUUGAAAAGACGCUCAAGCUCCGUGGCUUUACUGAGCUUGUCGAGAACAGCGAGGCGCACUCGGGCUGCGGCCGCGCCUGCCGCGCGUGCUGCAAGGUGAGCUGCCUCUCGCAGAUCUUCAUUUUGAUUGUGACGUUUCCGCUCAACUUUAUCCCGAUCAUUGGCACGAUCGCGUACGUCUACCUCAACGGCCGCUUCAAGGGCUGGGAGUACCAUCUCUUGUACUUUGAAAUGCGCGGCAUGAAGUACGAAGACCAAAAGGCGGUUGUCGACGCGCGCAAGCUCGAGUACGCGUCGUUCGGCAUGCAGUGCAUGUACCUUGAGCUGAUUCCGUUCUUUGGCUUUAUCUUUUUGUUUACGAACACGGUCGGCGCGGCGCUUUUUGCUGCCGACAUUGAAGAGAGUCUGCAAGCGGAAGACCACGGCAAUGUCCACGCCUCGGCCGCCAAGGUAGUUUAAACCGUAAUCAAGACUGUCGAUAGCUCGAA